AGUGACGCUAUUUCCCACAUGCUCAGUCCCAAGCAGAUGCGGAAGUGCUGCUACAGGAAGCACAUGUGGGGAAUAGCAGUGAUCAAGUUGCAGGGCAGGCACUGGUUUGACUGAUCUGCCCGGUCCCAGGCUUGACUGGAAGGGAACAAGCCUGCAACAUGAAGGAAGUGGAGGGAUCGCUGCUGGCUCUGAUUCACCAGCAUCUCUUGCAGGCUGGAUAUAGUAAGGCAGCCAGAGAGCUGCAGAUGCAGAGUGGCAAGAAAUUCUCUACCCCGGAAGUGUCGCUCCAAGAUAUUUACAAAGACUGGAUUAAACACCCAGAAAAAGACAAGACAAAGAAAACAGUCCAAGUAAAUAAUCAGGGGGUGAAGGUACGAGUGCCAGAUCCAGAGAGCAGCACGGAGAGUUCUGAGGAUGAAUUGGUGUUCUAUUCCCCAGCUGGUAGUAGAACUCUCUCAAAUGCAACCCCUCAAGUGCAACAGACUAAAGAAAAAAACAAUAAAAAGAAACCAACUGCUAAGGAGAAGGCAGCCACCACUAUUUCAAAGAUGUCAUCAGGAGUUAAUGCCACCAGUGGGCAGAACAAAAAGGCUGUUUCAGCCAUACCACAAGCACCAAAGGUCGUGAUGGAGAGUAGCAGUUCUUCUGACAGUGAAGAGGAUCAGGCACCUCAAAAAGCUGCUCCAGUGAAAAUAUCCACAAAGCCAGUGGCUGAGAGCACUGAAAGCUCAUCUGGUUCUGAAUCGGACAUGGAGACUACCGGACAGAAUGUUGUAGGGAAGAAGCUCACAGCAAAUAAUUUGCCAGCAACACCAGGCUCUGUCAAGAAACCUCUGCCUAAUGCAGCACCUAAUGGGAAAGUAGCAAGUCAAGCCAAGGCCAUUGUUAAACCAGAUUUAAAGAACAUUUCUGAGAGCAGUGAUUCUUCAGACUCAGAAGAAGAGAAUGAAAGUCAGACACAUACAGUUUUGGCUCAUGUUCAUGCACCACCAAGGACACCUCUGCUAUCUCCUUCCAAAACUGCAAGGGCUGCUGUGCCAGCAAAAGCUGCUGUUGUCACUAAACCAGUAGAUAUCGAUGAGUCGGAGAGCAGUGAUUCAUCGGACAGUGAAAUCAUAGUUACCCAGGCAUCCCAGAAAAAGCCCAGUGAUCCUACAGCCGCUAAGCCACUAGUGACAAAAACACCCAACUUGGCCCAACCUGGAAAGGUGGCAACGCCAACAAAGACACCAGUGAGUGCAAAGCCCCUAACAGCUCAGAGCUCUGAGAGCAGCGACUCGUCAGACAGUGAGGAGGAGCUUAAUGCUAAGAAUACAGCAGCACCUCUCCAGGCAUCCCAGAAAAAGACUAUUGUUCCUCCCACAUCAACAAGGCCACCAGGGACAAAAACACCCCUCUUGGCCAAACCCGGAACAUUGACAACACCAGCCAAGGCAUCUGUGGUUGCUCAGAGCUCUGAGAGCAGCGACUCGUCAGACAGUGAGUUGGAGCCUGAUGCUAAGAAAACAGCAGCGCCUCUCCAAGGAUCCCAAAAAAAUAUACCUGCCACACCUUCUACAGCCACUAGGCCACCAGGGACAAAAACACCCCUCUUGGCCAAACCUGGGAAACUGGCAACACCAACCAAGGCAUCUGUGGUUGCUAAGCCACUGGCAGCUCAAAGCUCUGAGAGCAGUGACUCGUCCGACAGUGAGGAGGAGCCUGAUACUAAGAAGACAGCCGUGCCUCUCCAGGGAUCUCAGAAAAAAACACCUGUCACACCUUCCACAGCCGCUAGACCACCAGGGACAAAAACACCCCUCUUGGCCAAACCCGGAACAUUGGCAACACCAGCCAAAGCAUCUGUAGUUCCUCAGAGCUCUGAGAGCAGUGACUCGUCAGACAGUGAGUUGGAGCCUGAUGCUAAGAAAACAGCAGCGCCUCUCCAAGGAUCCCAAAAAAAUAUACCUGCCACACCUUCUACAGCCACUAGGCCACCAGGGACAAAAACACCCCUCUUGGCCAAACCUGGGAAACUGGCAACACCAACCAAGGCAUCUGUGGUUGCUCAGCCACUGGCAGCUCAAAGCUCUGAGAGCAGCGACUCGUCCGACAGUGAGGAGGAGCCUGAUACUAAGAAGACAGCCGUGCCUCUCCAGGGAUCUCAGAAAAAAACACCUGUCACACCUUCCACAGCCGCUAGACCACCAGGGACAAAAACACCCCUCUUGGCCAAACCCGGAACAUUGGCAACACCAGCCAAGGCAUCUGUAGUUGCUCAGAGCUCUGAGAGCAGUGACUCGUCAGACAGUGAGUUGGAGCCUGAUGCUAAGAAAACAGCAGCGUCUCUCCAAGGAUCCCAGAAAAAUACACCAGCCACUAGGCCACCAGGGACAAAAACACCCCUCUUGGCCAAACCUGGAAAUUUGGCAACACCAGCCAAGGCAUCUAUGGUUGCUCAGCCACCGGCAGCUCAGAGCUCUGAGAGCAGCGACUUGUCAGACAGUGAGGAGGAACCUAAUGCUAAGAAAACAGCAGCGCCUCUCCAGGGAUCCCAGAAAAAGACACCUGCCACAGCCGCUAGGCCACCAGAGACAAAAGCACCCCUCUUGGCCAAACCUGGAAAACUGGCAACACCCACCAAGGCAUCUGUGGUUGCACAGCCACUGGCAGCUCAGAGCUCUGAGAGCAGCGACUCGUCAGACAGUGAGGAGGAGCCUGAUGCUAAGAAAACAGCAGCGCCUCUCCAGGGAUCCCAGAAAAAGACACCUGCCACACCUUCCACAGCCACUAGGCCACCAGGGACAAAAACACCCCUCUUGACUAAACCUGGAAAACUUGCAACACCAACCAAGACACCAGUGAUUUCUUUGCCGUUAGCAGAAAGUAGUGACUCGUCAGAAAGUGAAGACGAGCCAGCAGUCAAGAAUGCACAACUAUCUGUCGUGGCGUCCAAGAACAAUAGCAAAACGACUCUCUUGGCCAAGACAGGGAAGUUGGCUGCUCCAGCCAAGACGCCAGCGGUUACACAGCCGCCAGUAGCCGAGAGCUCUGAGAGCAGCAACUCAUCUGAUAGUGAGGAGGAGCUUAACAAUAAGCAGAAGACUGCGGCACCUCCCCAGGCAUCCCAGAAAAAGGGCAAAUCGCCUCUCUUGGCCAGUACAGGGAAUGCUGCAACACCAGCCAAGACACCAGUGGUUGCACAGCCCCUAACAGCUCAGAGCUCUGAGAGCAGCAACUCGUCAGACAGUGAGGAGGAGCCUGAUGCUAAGAAAAUAAAUGCAUCCUUGAACCCUACAACAUCAGCGAGCCAAGCUUUUGCCACUAUGAAGCCAACUGCCAAACAGGACUGUGACAGUAGUGACACAAGUGAAGAAGCCGAGGGCAAAUCCAGGAGUCUGGUGGGGCAACCAUCGGUUACCAUUAUCUCGGAGACCAGUGAUACCACUGAUAUUGAUGAGGUAGUGUCUCCAACUCCUGCUCCAAUCAAGGCAACCAAAGGAAAGGCUGUACCCAUAUUGGCAAAGACUGUCACACCAUCCAGCCUAAAAGCUACCAAAAGCAAAGCCAGCAGUGCAGCUAAAACUGCCAAAGCAGUGCAGCAAAUAGCUGUAGCCAACUCUGACAGCAGUGAUUCUUUAGAUAGCGAUGAGGAUCCUGGAGUAAAGCAGACACCAUCUGUACCAUUAAAGAAAGUAAAGUCAGGGAAAGGAGCUAAACUGACUGCCGUGUGUGUCAGUGGUGGAAAUCAGAAACUGCCCAGUUCGUUACCUGUGCCCUCUUUACAAAAGCCCAGUGUAUCUGACGUUUCUGAGCCCAGCGACUCGUCCGAUAGUGACAUCGAUACAGGAGCCCAGUCUCUUGUAGCACCAGUACAUGCGGUGCCCACCCCACAGAAACGGAAGAGGAAUCCAAAAGUCAAAGCUCAAGUGACGCAACCUCCAGCUGCUUCAGUGAAACACAAAAAAAAGUCUAAAGCAGAGCAACUGGCAGCAUCUGCACAGCCAGCACCAGAGCCAGUGAUCGACUCUGAAGAGGAGACCAUAAUGGCUCUCCUUUCGGGUCAGAGCCCAAAGAAGGGGAAGCAGAAACUAUCCAAACUGGGACUGAAAGCAGCUCCUUCAGCCACUCCCCUUCCUGUACAAAAGAAUGGCAGUGUGUCGGACUCAUCCGAUGACAGCGAUAUCGGAACUGCAACAUUAAAUAUAGUUACACCUCCAGCGUUGGAGCUCAGGCCGCCGACCGCUGACAAAGAAAAGAAAAGUGCAAAGAAGAGGAAGAGCUCCUCAGAAGAUGGACCCAAAAAGAAAGCUAAGAAAGCAAAGAAGGAAGGAAAGAAAGAAAAGAAGAAAUCAAAAGCAGAAGGAGGAGAGGCUGGAGCCAGCACCCCUAAAGCAAAGUCCUCCAAAAAAGAUAAAAAGAAGCUAGAGAAAUCAGAGAAAAAGAAAUCAAGCAAAAAAAAAAAGGAAAAGAAAAAGAAGGAUGGGGAAAAAAAGGAGGCAAAGAAGACCAAGAAGGGUUCAGCAACUGGCGUCUCCCCUAAACCAAAGAAAAAGAAGAAAAGUAAAGCGGAUAAAGUUGACUGAGGAACACAAGGAAGGAGGGCCUGAUAUCUACCCGCCAGGUACAGAAUGACAGAAGGGAAUAAGCCAGGCAGCAAGGUUUACAAGCCAUGAUCUUUUUAUGUUUGUACAUAUGGAGAAAAUCACGAGAACAAAUGAAAACAAAGUGAAUGUUUUAAUUUUUGUCUCCGACCCCCCCCCCCCUCCUCCUUUUUUUUUUAAUGCUGCCCUUAAGCAGAAGCCCAUCUCCCCACCCUGGCAACUCUACGGAAUAUUGAAAGGAGUGGAGCCAUGCUGAAAUGACAGCCGUUUUAAACUGUGACUUGAAUUAUUUUAUGGACAUUUAACAAAAUAAAACAAAUCCUAUAUAUUUAUAAAUGUACUUUUGGGACUGUGCGCAGGUUACUGUAUCUGCUAAUUAUGACUGUUAGGAUUUAUUUUUUGUAAUCUGUCAUGUAAAAAAUGUUUUUUUUUUACUGCUGUAUAUCUAACUGGCAUUAUUUGGGGUUGGAAUGCAGCAUUUUGACCCUUAUUCUUGGCAAGCUUACUAAAAUACGGAUGUGGCAUAUCUAAUCCAGAAAGAAGGCCGUCUCCCAUAGAGUCUAUUGUAGGCAAAUCAUUUUCUUUUUCUCUGUAAUAUUAAAACAGUACCUUGUACUUUAUGGUAAUUAAGCUGCAUCAAUUUAUCUAUUUGGUUUAUUUAAUGUUUAAAUGAUUUUUAGCAGACAUAAGGUAUGGUGAUCCAAAUUAUAGAAAGAUCCCUUAUCUGGAAAAUGCCAGGUUGCAAGCAUUCUGGAUAACGGAUCCCAUACCUGUAACAGCCACUGAUUGUUUACGCCGUGGAGCUCCUUGACAUGUGGUGGAGAUGUUGCCGCACAAUAGCCAGCAUGGCAGCAUUGAGACCUGUUGGACGAGGACCAAUCAGGCGCUGCACUCAUCAGUGCAAUGCAUUCCUCAUCCAAUGGGAUUUUUUUUCUAAUCCUUUUUUUGUUGCUUUUAAUACAAACAAUAACAAAAAUAAAAGAAACAAAACGUGUAUACAAA